AUGGCUUCUCUAUUUUCUAAGCGUUUGACCUGCUUUUAUUGUGGGCAGCGGUCCGCUCGGUCUCAUCGCGGUCCUGUUCGCAAUUUCCACUGUGAACAUUGUGAGGCUGACAACUUCUUCGAUGAGACAGGAGAAAUUACAGAUCCACCGGCUGUGGUCACCAACGCUGAAGCCUAUGCGCCUGGCGCAUCAGACUCGCCCUUCGAAUCGACUGAUUUCGUUAUUUUGCACCACAUGUACUCGGAAUCAACAUUUAUUUACGAGCUCGCUGGCUUCCUACUUUCCCCCUCCGAUGAUCCCACCGACGCUGAAUACGAACGCGGAUAUGAGCAGUUCCGCAGAACCCUGGAGGACCGAUACCCCCAGGUUUGCGAGUCCUGUGAACCCAUUGUCAAAUCUCGCAUCAGAAGAGCUGGCUACGAAGCGAAAUCGGACCAUCUCAGGCGCAUGAUGGAUCAAAGUCGAGCAAACCGAGAAUCACGACAGGCGAGGAACCGGAGUUGGAGAAGCUUGCUUCUUCUUGUGGGUGCGCUUGCAUAUUGGGCUAGUAUUGCUGGUCAGCUAGCAUGGAACUUGAUCAGUGUAGCCACCCUCUCCCAGACCUCAGAAAGUUUUGAUAAUUUACCCGACACCGGACGACCUCCCAUGACACCCAACUCUGUGAUUUCAUGCAUCAACCAGUCUAUCCGCUUAAAGCGCAUUCCCAGCGAAUGUUCGCCUGAUCUAGCACCAACUGCCGGCAUAGCAUUGAUUGCAGGUGCACUUUCGCUCUGGUGGAACCCAAAACUACGCCUGAAGAUAAACGGAAUGCCCGGUAAAUUCCAAGGUCUUGCAGAGUACUACCAAGCUCAACUCAUCGUCAUGGUAGUACGAUGUGUUUUCUGGGCAGUGGUCAAGGAUCCGUCUGCCAGUGCGCUACAACCCAAAUUGAUUCCGGCCUUCCAUGCUUUUAUGAUUUUUUUCACUAUUGUGUCGGUUUUACUCUCUCGAUAUGUUGUCAGCUACACUAGUCGUCCACUCGUCAAUUGGUCUGAUAACAGCUGGGAAACUCAAUUUGAAAGUCCCAAGGCGUCUUCUUCUACACUGCUUGAGUCACCAGUGUCGACUCGAAUCACAAGAUCUGGCGGAACACCGAAGGCGACCAUUGAUGGAUUCCAGCAGCGCUUUCCGAUUGACAAAUUGGCCCAGCCUCAACCUCGGCCAUCCGUUGAGCAGUCACUUACGGUUUCCUCCAAUAUUACGGAUACUGAUGGCAUGGACUGGUCCCCUUCUAUUACCCAUAACCUCCGAUCGACUGUGACACGGCGGGAUCAGCCGUCUGUGCUCGAUGGUCCUAAUCCGUUUCAGGGGCAGAUCCCAGCAGCCCCGAUUCCUCCUGCGUGGAAGCUUCGCACCCAGACUUUGACAAAGCCCAUCGAACAAGUGAUUCAACCUAAUCCGUUCCACCGCAGUCCUACUCAACCGCAAGGCCAAUGGCAGCAAAGGCAUGCUGAUGCUGAGCCGGUGUUUAAGCAACCAAAAUUCUUUCCUCCUCAUGAUCAUGAUACAUCUACCGGGCUGGAAACACUGUUUGACCGUGCCUUCAAUUUCCAGUCUGAUGCUGGGUCUCAGCAACCGCGGAACCAAGGCCCCACGCGCCUCGAUGAGACACAAAGUUAUCUCUUUUAUGGGUAUCUUCGACUAGGUCUGCUAGUCAGCUUCAUCAGCGCAUGGACGAUCUCUCAGAACCACCAGGUCUUGAUUCCAGGGAAUUACGUGGAGAUCGCUGCCCUAGGCGCGGCAAGCCUUGUUGCCGGUUUCGCUCUGAUCACCAUGGUAAAAAGACCUCUCGUGCAGUGGAAUGGCAUGGAGAUUCUGAUUUCUAUCACCGAACUUGGUGUCGCUGUUCACAUGGGGGCACAUUUGCCCACAGUUUCACUUGAUCGGGACUACUUCGAUCGCUACGGCAAACUGCUCCUGAUUUUCAUGGCCGCACAGGAAACCAUGAAUGUAUUCUCCUUCUACAAUAAGGCCAGGUUAGAACGCCAGCAGCAUUCAGGAUCUGUAUCAUCACAGCCGCAUCCACAAUCACCGCAUCAGAGUCAACUGAGUCCCCUUGACUGGUCCGCAAGUCAAUCUUCAUCUAAGUCUACACCUGAACCUCGAAUCAGCAGUCCGCAUGUGCACCGGUCAUUUGGAUCACAGCCGUCUGCUCCUCCACUUUCAUUUGGCGAUACCGAUGCGGCUUCCAGUUUCUCUUCAGCAUUACCUUCCGUGCCACAAUAUGAGCUUAACUCGUCCCGAAUCGUCCACUCGUUUCCUGCUGCCAAUGAGAACGCUUUCGAUCAAAACAGAAACCCACAUAGUUUCACCAUGGAAUCGUUAAAGCAAAUCGAUCCCUUGUCUGAUUAUGAGCGAGACUCAGACAGCGAAACUAUAGCCACAACUACAACCGCUGCCACAAAUUUCACUAACCGCAACAUUCGGUAUGGGAAUAACCCCGGUCUGGGUCCCAACCCCUUUUACUCACCCCGGCGAACUGGUCUCGGAUCAGGCAUAGGCGGUUUGAGCUUGGAUGAUGAUCCUACUCCCCGCCGCAUGACUCGCAGCCAGACCCAGCGUGGGCUACUUGGUCGGCGUCCGACCAACUACAUCCGAUGA